GGAUGCGAGGUUAAUUCCCCGAGUAGCCGCUAAGGGGAGCUGGACGCUGGACCGCCCUCCGGCGUUGCCAUAACAACGGUGGGCGCGCAGCCUUAGGAGCAAAGUGCCGGCUAAAGCAGGUGUUGGAUUGCAGCGCGCUCGCGGAGGCUCAGGGAUUGUGUGGCGCCCGGGAGCCUCUCAGAGAGUCUGGCUCCUAUUCCUCCGCCUCCUCUCGGACAGCUUCCGAACCCAGCGGGGACGCGCAGAGUGAAAAUGGUCCACCACUCAGGCUCGAUUCAGUCCUUUAAACAGCAAAAAGGUAUGAAUGUAAGCAAGAGUGAAAUAACAAAGGAAACUUCGUUGAAACCAUCCAGGAGAUCCCUGCCUUGCCUCGCCCAGAGCUACGCCUACUCAAAGAGUUUGAGCCAAUCUACCUCACUCUUUCAGUCCACCGAGAGUGAGUCUCAGGCUCCCACUUCUGUAACCUUCAUCUCCUCGGACAAAGUAGAGCCAGUUAAUGCUGAGGAGGAUAAAAAAGACUCUGUGCUCAAAUGCUCUUUUGCUGACCUCAGUGACUUUUGCUUGGCUCUAGGGAAAGAUAAGGAUUACAUGGAUGAAUCAGAACAUGCUAAUUAUGACCGAUCUCGGCUAAUCAAAGACUCUGUUCCCAAAGAUAAUUCUGAAUCCAAGGCAAAAUUGUCUAAGAAUGACAUGAAUUACAUAGCAUCCAGUGGACUUCUAUUUAAAGAUGGCAAAAAACGGAUUGAUUACAUCCUGGUUUACAGGAAGUCAAAUAUACAAUAUGACAAAAGAAACACAUUUGAAAAGAACCUCCGAGCAGAAGGCCUGAUGUUGGAAAAGGAACCAGCUGUCGCAAACCCUGAUAUCAUGUUUAUUAAAAUUCAUAUUCCGUGGGAUACGCUGUGCAAGUAUGCAGAAAGGCUCAAUAUCAGGAUGCCCUUCAGGAAAAAAUGCUACUACACUGACAGGAGGAACAAAUCAAUGGGCAGUGUGCAAAAUUAUUUUAGGAGAAUAAAAAAAUGGAUGUCCCAAAACCCAAUGGUUCUUGAUAAGUCAGCUUUUCCAAACCUGCAGGAGUCAGACUGCUAUACGGGCCCCUUCAGCCGCGCACGGAUUCACCACUUCAUAAUAAACAAUAAGGACACAUUCUUCAGCAAUGCUACUCGAAGCAGGAUAGUCUAUCACAUGUUACAGCACACGAAAUAUGAAAAUGGAAUAUCAAAAGUGGGUAUCUGUAAACUUAUAAACAAUGGCUCAUAUAUAGCAGCUUUCCCCCCUCACGAGGGAGCCUACAAAAGUAACCAACCCAUCAAAACGCAUGGACCUCAGAAUAAUAGACAUCUAUUAUAUGAGCGCUGGGCACGCUGGGGAAUGUGGUAUAAGCAUCAGCCCCUGGAUUUAAUCAGGCUGUACUUUGGUGAGAAGAUCGGGCUAUACUUUGCUUGGCUGGGAUGGUACACUGGAAUGCUGAUUCCUGCAGCACUUGUUGGCUUGUGUGUGUUUUUCUAUGGAAUAUUUACAAUGAAUGGAAGUCAAGUAAGCCAAGAAAUUUGCAAGGCCACCGAAGUCUUCAUGUGCCCUCUCUGUGACAAGAACUGUUCGCUGCAGAGACUCAACGAAAGUUGUAUCUACGCCAAGGUGACAUAUUUGUUUGAUAAUGGAGGGACCGUCUUCUUUGCUAUUUUUAUGGCAAUAUGGGCUACAGUCUUCUUGGAGUUUUGGAAAAGGAGAAGAAGUACACUGACCUAUACUUGGGACCUUAUUGAAUGGGAAGAAGAGGAGGAAACACUUCGUCCCCAAUUUGAAGCCAAGUAUUACAAGAUGGAGAGAGUGAAUCCCAUCAGUGGAAAACCUGAGCCACAUCAGCCUUCCUCAGACAAAAUCAGUCGUCUUCUUGUCUCUAUCUCAGGAAUAUUCUUCAUGAUUUCUUUGGUGAUCACCGCAGUGUUUGCUGUUGUGGUGUAUCGCCUGGUUGUCAUGGAACAGUUUGCAUCAUUCAAGUGGAAUUUCAUCAAACAACACUGGCAGUUUGCAACAUCGGCUGCUGCUGUCUGUAUCAAUUUUGUAAUCAUUAUGGCCCUGAAUCUUGCUUAUGAAAAAAUUGCUUACCUUCUCACCAACUUAGAAUAUCCUCGAACAGAAUCUGAGUGGGAAAACAGCUUUGCUUUGAAGAUGUUCCUCUUCCAGUUUGUUAAUUUAAAUAGUUCUAUCUUCUAUAUUGCUUUCUUUCUGGGGAGAUUUGUAGGCCACCCAGGAAAUUACAAUAAACUCUUUAACCGGUGGAGACUGGAGGAAUGUCAUCCCAGUGGCUGUUUGAUAGACCUCUGCCUCCAGAUGGGCGUUAUCAUGUUUUUGAAGCAAAUAUGGAACAACUUCAUGGAACUGGGAUAUCCGUUGAUCCAGAACUGGUGGUCACGACAUAAAAUCAAGCGGGGAAUACAAGAUGCAUCGAUUCCUCAGUGGGAAAAUGAUUGGAACCUGCAGCCCAUGAAUAUUCAUGGACUGAUGGAUGAGUAUUUAGAAAUGGUUUUGCAGUUUGGUUUUACCACCAUCUUUGUUGCGGCUUUUCCUCUGGCCCCUCUUUUGGCAUUGUUGAACAAUAUCAUUGAGAUCAGGCUGGAUGCAUACAAGUUUGUCACCCAGUGGCGGAGGCCUCUGCCAGCUCGAGCAACUGACAUAGGAAUCUGGUAUGGCAUUCUCGAAGGAAUUGGUAUACUGGCCGUGAUCACCAAUGCAUUUGUAAUCGCUAUUACAUCUGAUUACAUCCCACGUUUUGUCUAUGAAUACAAAUAUGGCCCCUGUGCAAGUCGUUUUGAAUAUGGUGAAAAUUGUUUAAAGGGAUAUGUCAACAAUAGCCUAUCCUUCUUUGACCUGAGCGAGCUUGGUAUGGGAAAAUCUGGUUAUUGCAGGUACCGAGACUACAGAGGUCCCCCUUGGAGUUCCAAACCCUAUGAGUUCACCUUACAAUACUGGCAUAUCCUUGCUGCUCGAUUGGCUUUCAUUAUCGUGUUUGAGCACCUUGUUUUUGGGAUCAAGUCAUUCAUUGCAUACCUGAUUCCAGAUGUACCAAAGAACCUGUAUGACCGAAUACGACGGGAGAAGUACUUAGUCCAAGAGAUGAUGUACGAGGCUGAACUGGAACAUUUGCAACAACAACGGAGAAAAAGUGGUCAUCCCGUUCACCAUGAAUGGCCUUAGUUGAUUCCUGUUGCCCAGUAGGGGCAAUAGCAUUAGUGGGAAUGACAGCAACUUUAAAAUUCUAGGUGGGAUCCAGGAGGAAGGCACACCUGGCAAACCAUAUGUAUGAUACGUUACUUGGAAAUGCAGCACAACCAUCUCUGGGAUUUGGAAUGUCCAGGCUUCUAGGGAAGAGAAAGAUGACUCAUGACCUUAAAGAAUGGUUAGAUUGACAGUGCAGGAAGCCAGGAUCUAAUUCUCAGAACCAGCCUCAGGGAGUUGUGUGUUGGGAGACCUCCACCCUCCAUCAGCUGCAGUGUAACGGGAAGGGUGAUGGUGAGGAUUCUAGCAACAGAUUUCCAUGUAAACGUUCAUAAGCCAGGCAUGCUGAAAGUCUCAUGUGGUCUUCAAUCACAUAAUCUGGAACAUUACUUAGGUUGAGUUGAGAUACUUAUAGGAAAUGACUUAGAAGGAAUGACUUAAAUCAGUUAUUGCCUUUGCUGCCAGAAUUCCAUGUCCCUUCAGCUUCUAGGUUUGGGGAAUUUUUCUUGUUCCUUGAUGAGAUUAUGGAUCUGUGCCACAAGGAAUUUAUGCUGCUUUACAUUGACUAUGCAGUGGAAUUGUUGCACACCACCAUUAGUAGUCAAACCAAAAACUAAGAUUCUAAAAAGAAUACUAUUCAUUGAAAUAUAUCCUAUUGCAUUGGCUACAUUCAAACGUGUUGUUUCACCGGCAGAACAAGUCGCACUGUCUUUUUUAAAAAACAAGCAAAAAACCCGUGAAUUCCAAUAGAGCCACAUACUCUAAAAAUAUGGGCGUUUAUUCUCAUAUCAUAUAGAAUACCACUCAUCCAUAUAUUACCAUGGAGGGCUGUUUUAUAGUAUUUUUAAUUUUUUCCUCCCUGGUUUAUUAUAAUAACUCUUGCAGAAUAACAGAAUAACUUGAAAUGCUGUACAUAUGUUGGUUUUCCUUGUACCUUUGCACCUUGGCAAUGUGUAAUGCAAGUUACAUUUCGUGCAGCUCUGAGACCAGAUACAUGGUAUGCCCUUGUGACUUGUUUAUUCAGGAAAUCAGAAGCCAAAUGCUUUGCAACACUUUAAGCUUUUCUAACAAUGUGCACUUUUGUUCGUGAGCUAAUGAAAAUAAUGCAUGGAUAUAAAUUUGUAUUAUUUGUAAAAAAAAA